AUGCGUACCACUUCGUCGAAUCGCUGGCCAGUGUUACUAUUGCUGUGCUAUGUGUACCUUCUGGCGUGUGCCGUCGCUGUCGUCGACGUCAAUGAGACUCCUAGCGAACCGAAGGAGUUCACAAUACCUCCAGGGAGCGAAUAUGACCGGGAAGAAUUACAGAAGCUGACUGAGUUUCGUCAGCGCCAUAGGAAGACCGUCGAUGGGAUGCUUUGCGCGGCAGCUUUUGUACGUAAUGGAAACACCUUCACGGAUUGUACUACCACAGAGGCACCGGAUGGCUCGGUAGGCCGUGAGUGGUGUUACGUUGAAGUACAGCUUAUUGGCGUUGGGUUCCGAGACUGGGACUUUUGUGCUGGUACUGUCGACUACGACGUACUCAGAUCGAAAGCCGCGCUACUAUCACAACUUAAGGCUUCCGAGCUGGCGCAUUCAGUUUUGCAGCUGUCUUCUACUGAGCAACGCCUGGAGAAGACACUAUCUCAUUUCGAUGCGGUUUGUGGUAGGGGCACAGAAUCACAUGAGAACGAGAUGAACGCUUUAGCUCAUACUAUGCGUGGUUUAGAACGUGCGUUGCAACAGGUUGAGGCUAAUUCACGUACCAUCCACACGUUGAGGGAGGAGUAUGAGGCACUGGACGAGCAGCUAGAGAUCACACGCAAGACUGCGCUGAAUGACAAGCGUAAUUGUGCAAUUGUACAGGGGUACACUCCAGCGGUGAUAGGCGACGGUGUUCGCGCCAGUUACUUUGAUAACCCGUACCUCAGGGGCCCACCUGUCGGUUUUUUCGACCACCCAAACCUAUCUCUGACUUUCGAUGAGAUACUACCAGUGAGUGGUGUUGACAUUCGUUCCUUUUCUGUUCGUUUCGAGACCUAUUUGCGUGUCCCCGUCUCGGGUAACUACACCUUUUGGUUGGAAGCAGAUUGUAACUUCCUUAUGUUCGUAGAUGGAGAGCAGGUAAUGGAGCAUGGUCUAGAGGGCCGAGGGAAGUUCGCUUCAGAGUUUAAAGCUGUGGGUGUGGUCGCACUAGAUGGGCGUUCGACGUCGUCUACCUUAAUAGCCUCACGUAAAAUGAUGUUAAUUGGAGGGAAACGCUACCCACUGGUAUUGGAAUACUCACAUCAAAGCGCUUUGAAGUAUAGAGAUGAAAACGUUGUACGUCUAUCGCUCAGUUGGGAAAGUGAAACGCGUAGUCGUGUGGUUAUAGGUUCGGAGUAUUUCUUCCGCAGUAGGGAUUCCGGCGAGUCUCUCGUCAUAAGCGGGUUAGAAGCGCGGUUAUUUGACUUGGCUAUGUUAGAGAACGGUGCUCAGGCGUUUUUGAAUGUCACCAAUUUGUUAGUAGCCGAUGUACCUGAUCGUUUUCGAGGUUCUCGCAUGAUUAGAACGGUUGUAAAACCUGAAUCUGAUCAUAUUAGCUUCUGUAUUUCUCACGACGCAUUUGUGUAUGUGGCAAUAUCUGUGCAUUCGUCAUUCAUACCAAGCUCUGCAGAGGGCGGUUCAGUUUUUGAGCGAAGCAGCGAUGCUAUUUCCGUCUACUCUUCUAGCCAUAAUUGCGAGGAAGCAAGUAGUCAGCAAGAAUUUUCAUUGUACUACCGUCGUUUCAAUGCUGGUCCAGUGAAGAUCCAGAUGCUACCUGAGACAUCUUUCUUCCUGUUCCUGCAACCCACACUGGCCAAUAUUGUAUGUCAGGAUGAUGUGCAGUUUCUUCCGUUUAAGAAUGGUGAUGGCUGUGCUGCAUCAUCAUCACUGUCCUCCGCCUACGACUGUUCCAAGGGUUUCGGUAGUGGUUAUUGGCAAUCUGGCUCAGGCCGUACUAGUGGUCAGUGGUUAACUCGCACAUUUGCGAAUCCAGUUGAAUUGGUACAUUUUCAUUUUUCUCCACUGGAUGGAAGCCCACCAAUGCGGGCACGUAUAGCGUUCCCAGAUGGUCUUGAGGAGGAAUUUGAACUACAGUCGCAAUUACGUUUUGAAUUGGGUUACCAUGGUGUAGUUGACGCUGUACGUAUCGCAAUCGAGCCUACUAGUACGAAUGAUUCAAGUGGUUCUUCAGAACAGAAUGGGUCUGACACCCUAGGUGGUACAUUUGCGUUAUAUGGCCGUGAAUGUGGUUCUCACACGGUAGUGGACGACGUAGUAAGGUUUCCCUUGCGUAUAGAUUUCUGCCAAGCUGGCCAAUCUUGUGGUUCGAACUAUGUGGAUUUGGGUCACAUGAAAGGACCACAUGGUAGGUUAUCAUACGGCUGGGGUUCGUCUAACGUGGUUACUGCCCUUGAGGACCUAUCUUUUUGCGCAGCUCAAACGAGCGGUUCAAUGGAAGCGAAUACACCAAAGUCUCCUGACGAAUCGGAUGAUGUAUCUGAGGGUUUUGUGGAAUCCAGCAGUGGCAGUGCCCUGGGGAUGUUACUUAAGAGCAAGGCUGGUCUUCCUUUGGGUAUGGGUCAAUUGUGGUCUAUAGAUGUCCCUGAGCACGGUGUAUACAAGAUUGAAUUGGUUCUUGCAGCGCUCUGUGGUGGCGUUGAAUCGUCAUCAUUGCAGGUGAAUGGCGUUGAGAUGUUAGAGGGGGAGUUGCUAAAGCUUGGUCAAUCUGUAGAGGUCCAUGUGCGUGUAUCUUUGGAACGUGUCGGAACACUUGAACUGCCUCCAACUCGUGGUACCUGCGACAUGGCAGAUAAUUUGAAGUCGCUUGUCUUCCAUCAUUACGUACCUAAGGACGAGAAUCUCAAACGUUUGGUACGUAGUAAUUUGGAAGACUACCGCCAGAUAGAGGAGGACAUUGACGCUGCAAUAAACAAGAUAAUUGAGGAACACUCUAGCAAGGACGUGCUAUCUCUAGUAUUGCCGAGCAAGCAGAAUUGGGACCUCCGCCGCAACCUCCGUGAUGCACGGCAGUUAUUAUCAACCAGGACUGACAUGGCUAUUAUGAAGCUACUACAGAGCAAAUCUAAAAAGGAGGAGAUUGACUCUGCGAUGCUUGUCCAUUUCAACCAAAACAAUAUGGAACAAGAGCUGGAUCAGGAAGAAUAUUGA